AUGUCUUGGCCACUUUCUGGUGACCAGCGCAUCGCUAUGAUGCUUCUAUUGUGUAUCGUUCUGAUUAUUUCUCCCCUGGCAGCAGGUCAGAACCUGUCUGUCGACUUUUCAUCUGCAAUAGCACAGGAAGUCUCUAUUCAAACUGAGCUUAUGCCGGGAAACCUGAGCAGUCCGGUUCCACUCCCUCCUAGUGCUGAUGGCAUUCCCAACUACGACAGUAUCUUGAGACUUGCAGCGUCAAUGCCUCCAUUACCGGUGACGCUAGGCGAGCCUGUUGUCAGCGAUAUCAAAUCUGAUGUUAUUCCACCCGAAAACAGCAACGAGUCAGAAACAGAGAACACUUCCGGGCACUUGGAUACACGACAAGAUGUUUUGAGAGUUUAG